AUGUCGGUAAAGCCUUCGGCAAGCGCGGCCCACAUGUCCCUAACAGCGCCUACAAAUUUGCGCAUCUCAUACAUCGGAGAACAGUUGAUGAACAUUUUGCUUACCAUGAACGCCGCUCCUGUAUUAGAAUCGACACAGUCUCUGACGCUAGACUUACCUCCCAGCUGCUUGCAAUUCUGCCGCAAAUACCCCAACUGCUUUGUGAUUGGAACCUACAACUUACAGCGCGAAGAAGGAGGGUCUGAUGAGGCAGAAGACAGCACCGAAAAGAAAGCACAAAGUCGCAACGGUAGCCUGCUGGUAUUCAGCACUGGCGAUGAAACGACCCCAAAGCUAUCGUUGCUCCAGACAAUUUCGCAGCCUUCUGCUUUGCUGGACAUUCGGUUCAAUAAUGAAGUCAAACAAAAUGAAGAUAUCCUGGCCGCUGUUUCGAGCACUGGGACGCUUGCAGUUUUCAGGUUGGACGGCAGCGUCAAGUCUGCGCCACUGAAGCAUCUAGCUACGAGCAGAUGUGAUGAUCUCGGGGAGGAUGUCCUCUACCUUCAAUGCAAAUGGCAUCCGGUGUUACCGAAUGUCGUGGCUGUGACGACUUCCACAGGCAAUGCCCGACUACUAUACCUAGAUGAGCGUGGUCUAUUGCGCUUUCCACUUCACCCACACUCUCUGGGUCUCAGCCUGUUGACACAACAGUGUACUGUGGUGGAGAUGACUCGAUUCUCAGAUACACCACUUGCAGCUGGCCUGCUGGGGACUCGACUGUUCUGCCAGAAGAACCGUAUUUACCUGUGCUCAUCAAAGGAAAACAUGACGCCGGCGUCACUGCCAUUUUACCUUUGA